CAAUAGCUAUCUUUUCUGUAUCUGUUUUUCUCUCUCCACCUCCUUCCUUCCUGCAUGGCUCUGGAAUCAUGCCUUUUGCUUCUCAUACUAUUUCUACUCUUUGUAGAAACAAGAACUCAACCAAACCAAUGUGGUGAAAUACACUUGGAUUCUCAGUUAUCUCCCACUUCCAACUUACUUUCAUGGCUCUCCCCUUCAGGCCAUUUUGCAUUUGGCUUCUAUCCACAAGGAAAUGGAUUUGCCAUAGGAAUAUGGCUGAUCGGUCAACCUGAUAACACAGUCGUCUGGACUGCAAAUCGAGAUGAUCCACCAGUCUCCUCCGAUGCUACAAUCCACUUCUCGAAAGAGGGUAAGCUGCGUCUUCGAACUGGGCAAGGCUAUGAGAAACUAAUUGCUAAUGUGUCUGUAUCAGAUUCAGCUUCAAUGCUUGAUUCCGGUAAUUUCGUGCUUUACAGUGAUUGCAAUAUAAUUUGGCAAAGCAUUGAUUUUCCAACCGACACCAUUUUAGGAGGCCAGAGUCUCACUCAGUCUCAAGAAUUGGUUUCAAGUGUGUCGAGCUCAAAUCACUCAAGUGGAAGGUUUCUACUCAGGAUGCAAACGGAUGGAAACCUUGUGGCCUACCCUAGAAACAGUGCUGCUCUACCUAAUGAUGCUUACUGGGCCAGUGAUACUGCUAAUAACGUGGGGUUGAAUCUCUCUCUCAAUCACCAGGGACAUCUGUUCAUGAAUAUUUACAAAUCUGAACCACAAGUACACUCAUUUGCAAGCAGUUCUUAUUCCUGUGAGAACAGCACUACAAUUUUUCGCGCGACACUUGAUGCUGAUGGGAUUUUCAGGCUGUAUUCACACUGUUUUGAGAGUAAAACUAGCUGGAGUGUACAUGUUGAGUGGUCUGCAUUGAAUAAUCAGUGUGAUGUUUAUGGUUUCUGUGACUUCAACAGUUAUUGCUCAGGAACGGGCACUAAUUAUGAAUGUUCAUGUUAUCCUGGAUUUGUUUUCAAUGAUCCCAAUGAGAAAUUCAGCGGAUGCUACAGGAAUGCCAGUGAAAGUUUUUGUGCAGGCAGCAAAGAAGGGAGAAAGUACCAUGUCACUGGAAUAGAGAAUUUAUUGUUUGAACGAGAUCCUUAUUCUGCCCAAGAGCUCGAAGAGGAAAAAUGUCGUUUGUCUUGCCUGGAAGAUUGUCAUUGUGACGUUGCUCUAUUUAUGGAUGCGAAGUGUGAAAAGUACACUUUUCCAAUUCGGUAUGGUAGAGAGAGUAAAACCAUAAAAUCUACAGCCUUCUUCAAGGAAGAAACAAACCCAGGCCAGAAAAUCAUUAUAGAUAGCAAGAAGAGUUUAAUUAUGUUUCUUGCUAUAAUUUUUUGCUCUAUAGCUAUCUUAUGUUCCGGCAUUGCAAUCUCUACUUUCUUCGUGUACAGGGAUCGAGCUUUUCUAUACGAAAAGCUAUCAGAAAUCAUAAGCUUGACCGGAGAGUUUACUCUGCAGUCAUUUUCUUAUGAUGAGCUUGAGAAAGCUACAGAUGGUUUCAGGGAAGAGUUGGGCAGGGGUUCAAUUGGAGCAGUUUAUAAAGGGAAAAUAAAUGGGGGUGAAAAAACUGUCGCAAUUAAGAGACUGGAGAAAGUUUUAGACCGAGGGGAAAAAAAUUUCCAGGCCGAAAUAACCAUCAUUGGACAAACGUACCACAGGAACUUGGUUCGAUUGCUUGGAUUUUGUUUUGACCACUCUAGGAGGUUUCUCGUCUAUGAGUACUUGAAGAACGGCACACUUGCAGAUCUUCUGUUCACGGCUGAGAGGCGCCCAGUUUGGAAAGAAAGAAUGAGGAUUGCUCUAGACAUAGCUCGAGGAAUUCUCUAUCUACAUGAAGAGUGUGUGGCCUGCAUCAUCCAUGGCAAUAUAACCCCUCAAAACAUUCUCAUGGAUGAUUCUUGGAUAGCAAAAAUCUCCGAUUUCGGGUUAUCAAAGCUAUUGUAUCCGGACAAGGUAAGAAGCUCCAUGGCCCUCCUCUCACAUAGUAGAGGGCACUUGGCACCAGAAUGGCAGAACACUGCCUUGAUAUCAAUAAAAGCUGAUAUUUACAGCUUUGGAGUUGUGCUACUGGAAAUCAUCUGUUGUAGAAGCAGUAUAAAAGCAGACGUUUCAACAGAAGAUGAAAUGAUUCUUUCCAGGUGGGCAUAUCAAUGCUUCGUAGCUGGACAGUUGGAUAUGCUUCUAAAGGAUGAACAUGUAGAAUACGAGUCAUUGGAAAGAAUGGUGAAGAUUGGACUAUGGUGUGUUCAGAGUGAUCCAGCUUUACGUCCCUCUAUCAAGAAUGUGAUUUUGAUGUUAGAAGGAUCCGAAGACAUUCCAAAUCCUCCAUCUCUUGCUCCAGUCCUUAUCACUCCUUAGUCUACAAAUAAUUCUGCUAGUGUUUUAUGCAUAAGUACUUGUAUGUAUGGAACCAUGUAUUUGUGUGUUAAAUGGCUGUUCUAUAAGGUUGU